GUUCGUAGGACGUUUCUCUCCGCGGCAGGAGACCCUUGGGCAAGGGGAGACAAGUUUUUUUUUUUUUUUUUUUUAAAUCUUUCUCUCGAGCUUGAAAAUCAAGUUUAAGUUAGUGAAGGUGUCAGACAACACACCUUUGUUGUAAUCCAACAGGAACAUGGAUACUAUGAUGCUGAAUUUGCGGAAUCUCUUUGAGCAGCUUGUGCGCCGGGUGGAGAUUCUCAGCGAAGGAAAUGAACUCCAAUUCAUUCAGCUGGCAAAGGACUUUGAGGAUUUUCGUAAAAAGUGGCAGAGAACAGACCAUGAGCUGGGCAAAUACAAGGACCUUUUGAUGAAAGCGGAGACUGAACGAAGCGCCCUGGAUGUUAAGCUGAAACAUGCGCGCAAUCAGGUGGAUGUGGAGAUCCGACGGAGACAGCGAGCCGAGGCUGACUGCGAAAAGCUGGAACGACAGAUCCAGCUGAUUCGUGAGAUGCUCAUGUGUGACACGUCUGGCAGCAUUCAACUAAGCGAGGAGCAAAAAUCCGCUCUGGCUUUCCUCAACAGAGGCCAGCCGUCCAGUGGCAAUGCUGGGAACAAAAGGCUGUCAACCAUUGAUGAAUCUGGUUCCAUUUUGUCAGAUAUCAGCUUUGACAAGACUGAUGAAUCGCUGGAUUGGGACUCUUCUAUGGUGAAGACUUUCAAACUGAAAAAAAGAGAAAAGAGGCGCUCUAGUCGACAGUUCGUUGAUGGUCCCCCUGGACCUGUAAAGAAAACUCGUUCCAUUGGGUCCACAGUAGACCAGGGAAAUGAAUCCCUUGUUGCAAAGACCACAGUGACUGUUCCUAAUGAUGGUGGGCCCAUCGAAGCUGUGUCCACUAUUGAAACUGUGCCUUAUUGGACAAGGAGCCGAAGGAAAAUAGGUACUUUACAACCUUGGAACAGUGACUCUACCCUGAACAGCAGACAACUGGAAGCAAGAACUGAGACAGACAAUUCAGGCACACCACAGAAUAAUGGAGGGAUGCGCCUGCACGACUUUGUCUCUAAGACGGUCAUUAAGCCUGAAUCCUGCGUUCCAUGUGGGAAGCGGAUAAAAUUCGGCAAACUGUCUCUGAAGUGUCGCGACUGCCGCGUGGUUUCUCACCCAGAAUGCCGGGAACGUUGUCCUCUGCCUUGCAUCCCUACCCUCACGGGCACACCUGUCAAGAUAGGAGAGGGUAUGCUGGCUGAUUUUGUGUCGCAGACGUCUCCAAUGAUCCCCUCCAUCAUUGUCCACUGCGUAAAUGAGAUUGAGCAGAGAGGGCUGACUGAGACAGGCCUGUACCGGGUCUCAGGCUGUGACCGCACAGUCAAAGAGCUGAAGGAGAAGUUCCUCAGGGUGAAGACGGUGCCCCUCCUCAGCAAAGUGGACGACAUCCAUGCCAUCUGCAGCCUGUUGAAAGACUUCCUCCGAAACCUCAAGGAGCCCCUUCUCACCUUCCGGCUGAACAGAGCCUUCAUGGAGGCCGCAGAAAUCACGGACGAGGACAACAGCAUAGCUGCUAUGUACCAAGCUGUCGGUGAGCUGCCCCAGGCCAACAGGGACACACUAGCUUUCCUCAUGAUCCACUUGCAGAGAGUGGCUCAGAGUCCAAACACUAAAAUGGAUGUUGCCAAUCUGGCUAAAGUCUUUGGUCCUACAAUUGUUGCCCAUGCUGUGCCCAAUCCAGACCCAGUAACAAUGUUACAAGACAUCAAGCGGCAGCCCAAGGUAGUAGAGCGCCUGCUUUCACUGCCCGUGGAGUAUUGGAGUCAGUUCAUGAUGGUGGAACAGGAGAACAUUGACCCCCUACACGUCAUCGAAAACUCCAAUGCCUUUUCAACACCACAGACGCCGGAUGUGAAAGUGAGUUUGCUGGGCCCUAUGACUACUCCUGAACAUCAGCUGCUCAAGACCCCCUCGUCCAGCUCCCUGUCACAGAGAGUGCGUUCCACCAUCUCCAGGAACACCCCAAGAUUUGGUAGCAAAAGCAAAUCUGCCACCAACCUAGGACAACAAGGGAACUUUUUUGCUUCACCAAUGCUCAAGUGAAGUCGGGUCGGCUGCCACUUGCCAGUAUCUACUGACUGCGAGGGUUGGCACACCUGUACUCUCCGUGCUGCAGCCCCUUAUACUCAUUACUACUUUUAGCAUUCUCCAGGCUUUUAAUCAAGUUUAAUUGUGCAUAAGGGUUUUAUUGAAACUAUAUAUAUCUCCCUCUCCUCCUCAAGUAACGUAAUAUCAGCACCUUGUGCUAGCUGUGGCGAGUCCUUAGGUUGGAGAUCUUUGCGAGAUUAAAAGAGGUGGUGUAGAAUUCACUGUCAUUCUUUUUGGGAUGGAAGACAUCCUUUUGGCUCAGAGUCAAAUGUUGCUUGUGGAAUGACCUUUCUCUUCUGUCACGUGGGACUUGCUUCCCUGAGUCAGUGACAAAUCCCUUCAUCUUUGAUAGAGCUAACUCGUCUCUGGUGGGGAAAAGUUCCAGGAUUAAGCAUGGCUGCUCAGAACUCGGGAGCUCCUCCCUGUCCGUGUUAUGAAUUGAACUGGACAGUGGAACUUGCCUAAAAAGGGGAUAGGUUGAGGAUGGAACUUGAGUUGGUGGGAGGAAGCUUAGCUUUAAAUUGGAUUAGGUUCUCAUAAGCAUGAAGUGACACAGCCUUUUAAAUGUUACAUUACAGCCUCUGUUUAUGUCUCAUGAUGGACCCUCUUCUGGCCUUGGGUUCAGCUGGGGUCAAAGGCAGUUCUAAGGUUAAACCCAUUCUGAUGCUUGACCCACUCCCCUUCUCUUCCCACCCUGCC